GGAUUUCAGUUUCAACCAUACUUGAGAGAGCGUAGCGCUCAAUGUGUACACGGAUAAUGAGAAUGAAGUUCACAGCCGCAGGCCGAGGCAAAACUACUAUCGAGGGAAGCCAGGUGAGAAAUGAGCCGAAUCGUCUGAGCGUCACUAUAGCUAUGUGUCGAAUACCAACGCGGCGGCCCAUGAACGCCACCAUAAAGGUCGCCAAUAAUCUUUCACAGGAUCGCGUAAAUGUCUCACAACUGACGUAACAAGCGACGCUCUGAUCACUACAUCCACCCAAGUUCACGGAAUGAGCCACGCGUCUUUUUCACGACGGCGUCACGCCGACUCGAUUCCCAAUCGGCGAUCUGCCUCACUCGCCAAGCGCGCACGAUUCCUACGUCUGUUAUUCCUUCUGCAACCGCCUCUGAACUGCAGUCAUGGACUCGAUUGUUGAUAUCCUUCGCGAACUCCCCAAUAAGGCUGCUGCAUUAUGGGUCAACCAUCGCCGCUCUAUCGGCGUCACUGCCUCUGGGAUAGCUGUGGUAGCCGCCAUAUGCUCCUAUCGGGCCAUCAAGCGACGCAGACGUCGAGUAUCGCUCGUCGACAAGCUGGGUGGAACUACUGGGCGUAUCCCCUACUUGGGAUUCGUUCCGAAGUCAUCUGAGCAGUUCCUCUACGGACUCGAGGUCCUGGCCGAUACGUAUGGCGAUGCGUUCGCAAUAAGAAUUAUGGGCAACGAAGCGGUCAUCUUGGCGGAUUCGCAGUCGGUUAGGGAAGUUCUGAGAGAGCGUCCCCACAAUCUCAUGAGGUCUUUCAACAAGGACAAGCUGUUACCCAUAUAUGGUGUGCUCACUUCGGAAGGGAAGGAGUGGAGACGCAACAGAAGACUUGCAGCCCCGGCGUUGGAUUACAAGAGCACCGCACAGACGGUGCCGGCGAUGGCUGUCGUCGGCAAGAGACUAGUCCGGCAACUGCAAGGUUUAGCUUGUGAUGGUAGAAUUGUGUGGGAGCCGACCAGAUGGUUCAUGAUGUGUUCGCUCGAUAUUCUAUGUCUCACUGCAUACGGUAUGGAUUUCUACUUCCUCAACCCCGACGGUAUAACAUUGCCCUCCGGCACCAAGGUGAUUGCCGAGUCGAUCUUCAACUUCAUUGAUGGUGCUAUUUACGUACUGGAUUUCAGUGCACUAUGCCCUUCUAUCACUAGGAACCAUUUCCCAUGGAACUUGAAUCCCACCAUAAGAAAAUUCUACGCAAGCAUCCAACGCUUGAACGACUUGGCAGAUGAUCUCGCCGAGCAGCGGAGGGCUGAAGGAGAUCAAUCAAGACGAAAUGAUCUGCUCAGCAAGCUCCUCCAUCUUGGAAAGCACGAGCUUGAAGGCAAUUUUGUCACGUUCUUCUUCGCCGGCAGUGAGACCACAUCGGCUACUCUCGCUUGGUGCCUCUAUUACUUCUGCCUCUACCCUGAUGUCCAGGCGAGAGCUCGAGCCGAGGUGGACACCCUAGGCCGCGAUCCGGAAACCGACGACGACCUCGAGAGACUACCCUUCGUGGAAAGUUGCAUUUUUGAGGCUUUGCGACUACAACCCCCAAUUCCAUUGCUCAUUCACGAGACCACAGCCGAGAUGUCAGUACGUGGACAUACGAUACCGAUCGGAACUUGGAUUGUGACAUUAACACGCAAGCAGAUGAGGAGCGAUGCUGAGGGAGGUACCUGCUACAGUCCGGAACGUUGGUUGAGUUCUGAUGGAUGUUUUGACCGAGCCCGAGCUCAGGAACGCUCAUUGGCUUUCGGUGCGGGACCUCGACGAUGUCCCGGUUCGAAUUUGGCAAUGAGAGAAGCAAUCCUCAUCUUGGCUAUGAUAUUACGACAUUUCGAUAACUUCAAGCAUACAUCCAGCAUAUCUUCAGUCGAAAUGAAAACCACGUUGUCCUUCCAGCCAGCAAAUUUCGAAGUCUCGAUGUCUAAGAGGCAGAAUUCCGAGGGAACAUUCGUUUAGUUACGGCCAAGCUCAUGAGCAAAACAGGAGUGUGAGGUCGAUAGCCUGGUAAGCUGAGAGCGUGGUCAUUCCGCUCAGUGCAAACCGUCUGCAUCAGUUGCUAUAACUGCGUAUUAUUUACACUCAUUGGCUAGUCGUGUAACUCCAGCUCCCUUCCGGGGUCAUUAAUCAUUUAUUACUCAUUUAUUCCCUUUGUUCCCAUAUUUCAAUUUAUUCUCUCUCCGGUAUUCAGGCCGUACGGCUCUU